AUGGGCAGCACCACCGCAUCUCAGCAAAAACGUUUAGAAAUCUGGCAAUGGAACUGCCGAGGCUACCGUCGUAAGCGGAGCCUCCUUCAACAAUACAUAAACACCCAGCUUGAACCGCCAGACGUCAUCGCCCUACAGGAGCCAGGUGUCUCGCCAACCCUGUCAGGUUACGAGGCCUAUGACAGCCCGACCGAGGGCAAAGCGGCCAUUCUCGUCAGUAAGGCGCUCACUGUCAUUGCCCAUGACGUCAUCCCAGACACUCAUAUUGAGCAUGUCAUUGUAGAGAUCGUGCUCCGGCGCCGGAAAAAGACCAGCAAGCACAGCCUUUUCAUCCUCAAUGCCUAUAGUCCCCCCCGGCAACGCCACACAGACUUUUAUACCCUCAUCCGAGGUGCUUGUACACUGGCCAAGGGUAAGGAUCUGAUCCUACUCGGGGAUUUCAAUGCCCAAGACACAAGCUGGGGCUACAGGAAUUCUGACCACAAAGGCAAGCAAAUUGCCGCUGCCGUCGACACUUACCGGCUCGAGCUCCUGACCGAUCCUACCACACCCACCCGCAUCGGAAACAGUGUUUGUCGUGAUACCUGCCCUGACCUUACCUUCAUCAGAGGCAGCUCCACGUACACUUGGGAAAAUCUCAUGGAAACCCUGGGUAGUGACCACUAUAUCAUUCGCACUCAACUCACUGAGGAUGCUCUGCGGCGUCCCAUCGGGAAAGCCAAAAUCACGGAUUGGGAUGCAUUCCGAUGCGAUAGCGAGCAAACCCUCGACGCUAACACCAGCCUUACGGACUGGUGCGAACAGCUUCGCCGCACCCAAGAUCGCCAUACAAAACACAUCACCCGCACCACCCAGACCCCCGAGGUAGACGGCCACCUGCUCCACCUAUGGGACGCACGUCGUAGUCUACUCCGCCGCUGGAAGACUCAAAAACAUAAUCGAAAACUUAAGGUCAAAAUUGCCUUGCUCACCACCCAAGCAGAGGAAUACGCCGCCAGCCUAGCCCAACUCAACUGGGCGCAAUUCACGGACACCCUUAAGGGCUCUUUGGGGACGGCGCGCACGUGGCGCAUUUUGCGGGCUCUCAUCGACCCCACCCGCAGCAAAACUGAAACGAACAAGGCCGUCCAUCGCCUCAUUCACACAUUUGACGGUACUGAUGACGACCUUCUCGACCAGCUCCGGAGAAAAUGCUUUGGCGAUCACAAUCCACCCCCUGCCAACACUGUCUAUCAAGGCUCCCCAAACGCCCUCCUGGACCGCCCCAUAACGAUCGAGGAAGUGUAUGCGGCCGUCCGCGCAAGCACACGCAACACUGCUGCCGGGGCUGACCGCAUUACAUAUUCGCUUAUCCGUAACCUCAAUGACACUGCCCUGCAAGAUCUCACGGCGUUCUUGAACACCCACUGGCAGAACGGCACCAUCCCCCCGGAGUGGAAGCAUGCCGAAGUGAUCCUUAUCCCGAAACCAGCUCCUCGGACACACUGGUACCCUUCGGGAGGCAGCCCGACUCCACCUAGUCCCAGAUCAUGUCCGCUCAACACUCACCGUUGCGCCUAUCCCCCGCAACAUGGCACCCCCUACUGCACCAGGGUCGACGGGAAGCACGAGUUGAGGCCUUAA